AUGACACGAACACUCCGCGUUGCGAUUCUCGAAUGCGAUACGCCAGUCCCGCCUGUUGUCGAACAAGUCGGCAACUAUGGAGUUAUCUUUGAAGCGCUGUUGAAGAAGGGUUUAGUGGCGGCCAACUCUAGCGUGGAUUUUGAGAUCAGCAAAUGGAAUGUCGUGGGGAAUCCGGUCUAUCCCAAUCCGAAUGAUAUUGAUGCUUUUCUGCUCAGUGGAAGCAAACACGAUGCUCACUCUGAUGAGACAUGGAUCGUGAGCCUGACUCAAUACGUAUGUGGUAUUCUGCAGAAUCAUAAAAAGCCUGUAGUUGGUAUCUGCUUCGGUCAUCAGAUCAUCGCACGCGCGCUCGGCGCUCGUGUUGGACGGAGUGAUGGUUGGGAAAUCUCUGUCGAGGAAAUCACGCUGACAGAUGCUGGGAAAGCUCUGUUCGGGCAGGAUAAACUGUACCUGCAACAAAUGCAUCGCGAUGUCGUGCAUGAAGUCCCAGAGGGCUGCGUCAACUUGGGAUAUAGUCCCCGCUGCGCGAUUCAAGGUCUUCAUAUGCCCGGACGGGUAUGGAGUGUACAGGCUCAUCCUGAAUUUACAGAAUUCAUCAUGUCAUCUGUAUUGAAGGUCCGACAUGAGACCGGGGUUUUCAAUGAUGAACAAUAUGUCGAUGCAAAGUCCAGAGCAGGAAAGAAGACUGAUGGUGAGAACCUGGCGAGAGAAAUUGUGAUAUUCAUUACCGAGGCCUGCAUAAACCCUUGA